CUUUUCUCCACAAAAUCUGUCCACUAACAGCUUGUUGACACAAGCCUUGACCACAGAGCAGAUUCAACAGGAUAACAGCACUACAGCCACAAAUACAAAUCCCAUUAGUUAUCCUUCGCAGAACCAACAAUACCUUCCAACACCACAGUACCAACAGCAACAACAACAGCAACAGCAAUUCAUUCUCUCGGCACAACAACAGCAGCAACAGCAACAGCAACAACAGGACCAAUCCGUUGACAAUCUUUGGCCAGUAAAUCAAGUGCUUUCUACCUCUGCUCCAACAGACCCUGCUUUGGUCGAAAGAAUGAGCAACCAAACUGUCAACAUGACCCCCACGGGUCUGUCCAUUAUUUCAGGACAUAAGACAAUGUCUAAUGGAAUUAACUCAAAUGAAUGGCAAUCUUUCAGUGCUGCAGAGGGCAUGAGUAACAUCGCCAACACAGACAUGGAACAGCUCUUGCACGGCAACAGUAAUGAAGAAAACUGGGGCUCGGGCAGCCGCAACCACUUUAGCAUGCCUAAUCCUUCUUUCUUGGAGCGAGCAGAGCGGCAGCAAAAGCGAGAGCUGCAUACAGACGGUGUAGGACUACAACAACAACCGCAGCAGCAACUCACUCAACAACAACAGCAAGAGCUACAGCAACAACAUAUUCGCCAGCAGCAACUCUAUCAAUUGCAACAGCAACAACUUCUUCGAAUGCAGCUGGAAAUAGCUAGUCAAACACAACUACCACAAAGCCCAGGGCCUAGUAUGACGUAUCACCAUCACCCACCAUACAUGUCACAUCCAUAUGUAUCAGGAUUGAGCCAGUUCCCAACUGGACAUUCGCCAGCCAACUCUCCUUUAUCUCCAGGUAACUAUGCUGGCGACGAUUACUUUUCAUCCCGACAAGUCUCACCUGGCCCAGCUGCGUCCCCAGGAGGAUCCUCCAAAAUAAAGUCCAGACCACGGCCCUCUACCGCAGGCGCACGAGUCUCACAAGGCGGCAUUAAGGCGCUUUUUGGUCAAAGUCUUCCGAAGGGCAAUCGCACAUCUCUGGAUUUGAAAUCAGAAAACGCAUUGCAGCAUCUUAACAUAGGUGCGAAGACACCUUCUGUCAAGAAAAAGGCCAGCAAGAAUGUCUCUGCAGAUAACUCUACAAUUAGUAACAGUAAUCUCAGCAGCGGUGGUGGCCCUAUCCCCAUCACUGUCACAGAGUCGCAUGCAGACACACCAGCAUGCGAUAAUACGCCUACUAUGACGUUGGCAGAGCGCAGAGCUGCUGCUGCCUCUACAGGCUCUGGCACAACUACAGGGGCCACAGGCACAAACCAACAACGACCUGCACUGUCAUCAUCCAAGUCGAGUUCCCUUAUACCGCCUAACCUUGGAUUGGAUUCUCAAACAAAACGGAUUAUAUUACCACCUAACAUCACGCCUGGUUCGGAGCUGGGACCGUUGACCAGUCCGGCUUUGCUCUCCACUUCAGUUUCUUCACCAGCACCCAUCCAAAUCGAUCGAAUCAUCCCACGAAACUCUAGUUCUCAGGCACGAACAGAGGAACAGCAGAGGCAGCUAGAUGCUGCAAUGGAGCGGGUCAACUUUGAAGAUGUCACUGUGGCGGAGCUUAAGGAAAUGCUAAGACAACGAGGUAAACACGGUGGAGGUAAGAAGGCUGAUUUGAUUAAGCGCUUGCAGGCUGAGAUCGAGUUGAUUCGAGCAAAUCGCAAUGCAAGUCUUUCCCGAUCAAAUGGUGGUCCAUCCUCGACUCCUGUUCCUAUCCAUUCUCCAGGGCCCUCGCUUCACCGCACGUUAGGGAACCUGCACAUAGGCUCACCCCCAAUUCAUUCUCAUGCUUUGCAUCCGACAUCGCCAUCUGGACAUCGCUAUACUCCUUACUCGGCCCCUUUGCCAUCACCUGGACUUACAAGCAAUACCAGUGUUGCCGUUAAUAAUGUUAAUAGCGAUGUAGGAGCGAUUGUUUCCCCUGCACCACCCUCAUCAAGCAUGGAUACUCCCACUAAAAACACAGCUUUAUCUGGUGUGCGUGAUUCAGGUUCAGCGCCAAUUAUUACAGGUCCCCCAGGAAUGUCUUCCAUGCUCGGUUCCUCUUACCUUUCAUCCGAUGUUCAAAUACAUUCAACUUUGGCUCACUCGCACAACAAUAGCAACAACAAUAAUAACAAUCACAGUAAUGCCCACAACCAUCAGCAAGCUACACCCACUAAUGGUACCUCUACUUUAUCUGCCAAUGUACCAUCAUCUUCAACCCACACCAGCCCAACAGGAAACAAUAGCUUAAGAAGCAGUUAUAGUCCUGAAUCCUACACUACGGAUAACUCUGAUUUUAUGGUGGAUCAGGAGAAUCGUCAAAAUGACGUAAUGCUAACCGGGGCAGGCAAGGCUGAAGAGGCCGAUCAAUUCAUGAGUUCUGAUGAUGUUGCGCUCUGUAACGAGUUUUUGGCUGCUCCUGGACUUCUUGCAAUGCAAGGAGGUGAUGACGAAUCCAUCAUGUCGGACUCGAACCCCAAUGGGUUCUCGGACCAGCAACAGAGCAAUAUGUUUGGCUUCCAACCACUGAUGAACCCAUCAUUGACAAUCACUGGCGAUGGAACGGAUUCUUCAAAUAUCAAUCAAGUUAAGGAUGGAUUCUUAGCGUUCCCUCCUCCAACAAUGACAGGAAAUGAAAUGAACCUCCAUCAACAGCAAUCGCAACAGCAACAGCAACAGCAACAGCAGACAACAUUCAAUUUCGAUUCAAACUUUUCAACCGAAGGAGAGAUGGAUUCUACCCUCCAUCACCAAUCUCUCUCACAGGAUGAUCUGGAUAUGCUCUUGCUUGGGUCGCAGGAGUCAAUGACGUUCGAACCCUCCGACUCGACGUACUCCAAGGAUGGCUUCAUGUGGUGAAAUAGCUCUCCCUUGUCAUCAUAACUACUGUACAUCAUUCUAGACCUUGCAUUUUGAUAUCCUAGUCCUUUGAUCCUUCAUAGAUUUUUUUUUUUCUUUCUGCUUCACUUAUUG